AUGGCAAGAUCCAAACUCCAGGUACAUAUGCAUGGCAAUUCAGGUGAUGCAUUAUGCGUGUUCUCCAAUGGGGAUAUGAUCUCAGGCGAGAUCAGUAUUCAUGUGGAGAAAACUAACCACUACUCCGAUCUGGUGAUCAUGCUUGAAGGAACAACCACAGUAUUCAUGCAGCAUGAAGUAGGAGUCAAACUUCAGAGCACCCAGACUUUUCUGCGUCUCAGCCAGAAGACGCGAGUCGAUUCUCCUGGGACUUUCCCAUUUACAUUCUUCAUCCCAUCGGCUCUGCCCACUGAAUCAUGCAGCCAUGUCGUGUCCGAUCCACUCGUGCGAUAUGCGCAUACAGCGCUGCCUCCUUCUCUUGGGGGCAAAACUCCAUGUGCCCCAAGAAGCAAGAAAGCCGACAUCCUCACCCCAAAUGCGGUAGAGAUUCGCUACUGCAUCAAGGCAACUCUGCAAGCUUGUCAGCAAUACCAGGAACCGGAGCUCAGCACUAUUAGGGAGAUCUAUAUCAUUCCCACACCUUCGUCAGAGAGGCCACCCCCAGCCUUCACUCCUGCAACCAAUAACUCGGAUAAGCCUUCUCAACUGGCUCUGGAAAAUCAUGAAUCCCUAAUGAAGGCCCAAAUCGUGCGUAACAUCUUCCGGAGAAAGGAAGGCCGCCUCGUCGGUAAGAUCCUGCAUGCGGGACCGCUUACCAUGCACCUUCACCGACAAAGACCUACGGAGGCUACUAUUCCCCUUCGACUCCGGUACUAUUCAGCCUCGGGGAUUUGUCCUCGGUUACAUCGUCUGACUAUUUCUAUACGUGCAUCGACAGUUUUUAGUCUGUCUCCAAGCCCGGAUAUCGCUUAUCAAACCCGAAGUCACCAAUCCAGCGUUUACACGAAGACUCUGCAAAUCGCCACCCAAGACAUGUCCAAUACAACAUGGGAGGCUACGCCAUGCCUCACAGAAACGGAUCCACAGAUUGAGAUGAAGUAUGACACCCUUGUUCCGAUGUCUUUCAGUCUCUCCCCUGACACACCUUUUGUACCCACCUUUCAUUCAUGUAUGGUGGGCCGGAGCUACGAGCUUGAGGUCCGAGUAUACUAUCAAGUCGGAAGGGAAUCGAUCUUUCCACGUCGGAUUACGACCACUCUGCCCUUGGUAGUUACGAUGAGCAACAGAUAG